AUGAUUUGUUCAAAACAUUUUUCUAACGAAGAUUUUAACGAAUCCGACUUAUUACGUGAAAAACUUAUGCCCGACACUAAAGUAGUUGUAAGAUUAAAACCCAGAGUUGUCCCUACCAUUUUCAGUACUCAAAACGAUAUUUCUUUAGCUUCAACAUCUAGUGAUUCAAAUAGACAGGAAAGAAUGUCGAGAAAAAGAGAAAAAGAGAUAGUUAAAGAAUUAUUAAGAACUAGUACACCAAAAAAAAAAAAAGGUGGUAAUGAUGAAGUUUUUGUUGAUGAAAAUGUUGAUGUCACAGAUAUAAAUUCGAGUUUAAUGUCUUUAUCUCCAAGACAAAGUUAUGAUGACACUGUUAAUGAUAAGGGUAUCCAAUGUGAAAUAGGUAAUGAAAUUUACCGUUGUCUAGGUACAAUUUAUUAUGAUACGUCGUUCAACUAUUUGUCUGAUGAAAAUAGCUCCUCUGAAGACGAUACAAAUGAUAAAGAUAGUGAAAGUAUGAUAGAUACAAGUAUGAAUGAAUGUUUUAUAGUAUUUUGGGAAAGUCUUUUGGUUUUAUUUAAAUCUUGUAAUAUAUGUUCUGGUAAAAUAAUAAAACUUAAACACUUCGUUCAAGGUGCAUUUUUAUCUAUUAACACGAUUUGUGAAGAAGGUCAUUUAUACCAAUGGAGCUCACAAAAAAAAAAUGGAACACGUCCCGAGGGAAAUAUUUUAAUUGGUGCAUCUUUGACUCUAUCUGGUAUUUUAUUUAAUCAAAUGACAGUUUUUUGUGAAACAUUAAAACUUGCAUUUUUUUCUCGAACUUCAUAUGAUAAAAUAAUACGUAAUUAUACAGAACCUGUGAUAAACGCAAUAUGGAGUGAACAUAAAAAAUCAAAUUUUCUUGAGUUGAAGAGUUCUGAUAAAAUUUGGUUAGCAGGUGAUGGACAAUUUGAUUCUCCAGGGUUUUGUGCGAAAUAUUGUACCUAUACAUUAAUGGAUUUGAAUAGUAGUAAAAUAAUUGAUUUCAAGCUUGUCCAAAAAGGAAUGUUAAAAGGAGAUUUAGAACGUAAAGCUUGCGAAUUGUUACUCGAAGAAAUCGUAGAACAAGGAUGUAAAAUCGAUUUAUUCCUCACUGAUAGGCACAAAGGAAUUCGAUGUGAUAUUCGCACUAAAUUUCCGGAAAUUCAACACGAGUUCGAUAUUUGGCAUUUAUCAAAGAGUUUGAUGAAACGAAUGAAAAUAUUAGAUAAAAAAUACCCUGAUGCUUAUUUGUGGAAGACGAGCAUAAAUAAUCAUUUAUGGUGGUCAUCUAAAACGUGUAAAGGGGAUGGUUUAUUACUUACACAAAAAUUUACGUCAGUUCUUAAACACAUUAACAAUAUACACGAGUGGGAAGAAAAUGGAAUUAUACAAAAAUGUGAACAUGAAACAUUGAGCGAAGAAUAUAAAAAUAAUACAUUAUGGAUACACCCAGACAGCGAGUCUUAUAAUGCUCUAAAAAAAAUUUUAUUGGCAAAAGAUUUUCUAAAAGAUCUACAACAUGCCAAACAUUUUGUACACACAGGACGGUUAGAAUCAUACCAUAACGUCAGAUUAAAAUACAUGCCUAAAAGGAUUCAUUUAAAGUACAGUGGUAUGCAUAUGCGUUCAAUAUUAGCUAUUUUAGAUCAUAAUAGUAACGUAAAUAAAACUAUGAUUGGAGAUAAAAUGGUGUACUCUAAAUCCUUGGGGCGUUAUACUAUGAAAAAUCGAUAUACAUCUACAACCAAUAAUUGGCGUGCUGAAAUAAUGCAAAAUGUUAAAGAAAAGUCUAAGAUAAGUUUAAUUUGCCAAAAUCAAGAUCAAUUAAUAUCUGUACCAAAGAAUAUUAUAUCUAUUCCAAAACCAGAUAUAAAUGAGUUGAGAUCAAAAAAAUAUUCCAGAUUUUUCAACGAUAAUAAUUAA